AUGCAGAAGAGCGUGCGCUACAACGAGGGGCACGCCCUGUACCUGGCCUUCCUGGCCCGAAAGGAGGGCACCAAGCGCGGCUUCCUGAGCAAGAAGGCAGCCGAGGCGAGUCGCUGGCACGAGAAGUGGUUCGCUCUCUACCAGAAUGUGCUCUUCUACUUCGAGGGCGAGCAGAGCGGCCGCCCGGCGGGCAUGUAUCUCCUGGAGGGCUGCAGCUGCGAGCGGACGCCCGCGCCGCCCCGGGCCGGGGUCGGGCCGGCCGGCGCCCGGGACGCGCUGGACAAGCAGUAUUACUUUACCGUUCUUUUUGGCCAUGAAGGUCAGAAACCCCUGGAGUUGCGCUGUGAGGAGGAGCAGGAUGGUAAAGAGUGGAUGGAGGCCAUUCACCAAGCCAGUUAUGCAGACAUUUUGAUUGAGAGAGAAGUGUUAAUGCAGAAGUACAUUCAUCUAGUUCAGAUCGUAGAGACGGAAAAAAUUGCAGCUAACCAACUCCGGCAUCAACUUGAAGAUCAAGAUACAGAAAUUGAAAGACUUAAAUCAGAGAUUAUCGCUCUUAAUAAAACCAAGGAACGAAUGAGGCCUUACCAAAGUAAUCAAGAGGAUGAGGAUCCAGAUAUCAAGAAGAUUAAAAAGGUUCAGAGCUUCAUGAGAGGAUGGUUGUGUAGAAGGAAAUGGAAGACCAUUGUGCAGGAUUACAUUUGUUCUCCUCAUGCUGAAAGCAUGAGGAAGAGAAACCAGAUUGUGUUCACCAUGGUUGAAGCUGAGUCGGAGUAUGUUCACCAGCUCUACAUCCUGGUCAAUGGCUUCCUCCGGCCCCUGCGAAUGGCAGCCAGCUCCAAGAAGCCUCCCAUCAGCCAUGAUGAUGUCAGCAGCAUUUUUCUCAACAGUGAAACAAUUAUGUUUCUUCAUGAAAUAUUUCAUCAAGGACUGAAGGCAAGGAUAGCAAACUGGCCUACCUUAAUUUUAGCUGAUCUGUUUGAUAUUUUGCUCCCCAUGUUGAACAUUUAUCAAGAAUUUGUGCGUAAUCACCAGUACAGCCUCCAAGUGCUUGCCAAUUGUAAGCAAAACCGAGAUUUCGACAAACUCUUAAAACAGUACGAAGCCAACCCCGCGUGUGAGGGGAGGAUGCUGGAAACAUUCUUGACCUAUCCAAUGUUCCAGAUCCCCAGGUAUAUCAUCACACUUCACGAACUCCUAGCUCAUACACCCCAUGAGCAUGUGGAAAGGAAAAGUCUGGAGUUUGCUAAGUCAAAAUUAGAGGAACUGUCCAGGAUAAUGCAUGAUGAAGUGAGUGACACUGAAAACAUAAGGAAGAACCUUGCCAUAGAAAGAAUGAUCGUAGAGGGUUGUGAUAUUUUGCUGGACACCAGCCAAACUUUUAUCCGCCAAGGUUCUCUUAUUCAAGUACCUUCUGUUGAGAGGGGGAAACUUAGUAAAGUUCGCCUGGGUUCACUGUCUUUGAAAAAGGAAGGAGAAAGACAGUGCUUCUUAUUUACAAAACACUUUUUAAUUUGUACAAGAAGUUCAGGAGGAAAGCUGCAUCUGCUCAAGACAGGUGGGGUUCUCUCUCUAAUAGAAUGUACUUUGAUUGAGGAGCCCGAUGCAAGUGAUGAUGACUCCAAAGGUUCUGGACAAGUGUUUGGACAUCUAGAUUUUAAAAUAGUAGUGGAGCCUCCUGAUGCUGCCCCAUUCACUGUAGUCCUGUUGGCACCUUCACGUCAGGAGAAAGCUGCCUGGACGAGUGACAUAAGUCAGUGUGUGGACAAUAUACGGUGUAAUGGUUUAAUGACUAUAGUAUUUGAAGAGAAUUCCAAAGUUACUGUGCCACAUAUGAUUAAGUCUGAUGCCCGUCUUCAUAAAGAUGACACCGACAUUUGCUUUAGUAAAACACUCAACUCCUGCAAAGUGCCCCAGAUCCGCUAUGCCAGCGUGGAGCGCCUUCUGGAGCGGCUGACAGACUUGCGGUUUCUUAGUAUUGAUUUCCUCAAUACCUUUCUGCACACCUAUCGUAUUUUCACUACGGCAGCUGUGGUGCUGGCGAAACUUUCCGACAUAUACAAGAGGCCUUUUACCUCCAUCCCCGUCAGGUCAUUAGAAUUGUUUUUUGCUACCAGCCAGAACAGUAGAGGUGAACAUUUGGUAGAUGGCAAAUCCCCACGCCUGUGUCGCAAAUUCUCUUCCCCACCACCACUGGCUGUGUCCAGGACGUCCUCCCCAGUGAGGGCCAGAAAGCUGUCCUUGACUUCUCCAUUGAACUCAAGGAUAGGAGCAUUGGACCUGACCACCUGCUCAGCGUCCAGCAGCCCUACCACCACCCACAGCCCUGCUGCAUCCCCACCGCCGCACACUGGUAAAGUACCGUUGGAUCUUAGCAGAGGCCUUCCUUCUCCAGAACAAAGCCCGGGAUCUGUAGAAGAGCAUGUAGAUAAUCCCCGCGUGGAUCUGUGUAACAAGCUAAAACGAAGUAUUCAAAGAGCUGUCCUAGAGUCUGCACCAGUGGACCGAGCAGGAGUGGAAAGCUCCCCGGUGGCGGACAGCUCAGAACUUUCACCUUGCCGGUCACCCUCAACUCCUCAGCACCUCCGCUAUCGUCAGCCUGUAGGACAGACGGCUGACAACUCUCACUGCUCGGUUUCGCCUGCUUCUGCUUUUGCAAUUGCCACAGCGGCUGCAGGACACGGGAGUCCACCAGGAUUCAACAACACUGAGAGAACAUGCGACAAAGAGUUUAUUAUUCGGAGAACAGCCACCAAUCGAGUACUGAAUGUCCUCCGUCACUGGGUCUCAAAGCAUGCGCAGGAUUUUGAGCUCAACAACGAACUAAAAAUGAAUGUCCUAAAUUUGCUAGAAGAAGUUUUGCGAGACCCAGACCUUCUUCCCCAAGAAAGGAAAGCCACGGCGAAUAUUCUGAGGGCCCUUUCACAAGAUGAUCAGGAUGACAUCCACCUAAAAUUAGAGGAUAUAAUUCAACUGACAGACUGUCCGAAGGCUGAGUGCUUUGAGACCUUGUCAGCCAUGGAGCUGGCUGAGCAGAUCACCCUCCUGGACCACAUCAUUUUCAGAAGCAUUCCCUACGAAGAAUUUCUUGGGCAGGGGUGGAUGAAGCUGGAUAAAAAUGAAAGAACACCUUACAUUAUGAAAACCAGCCAGCACUUCAAUGAUAUGAGCAACCUGGUGGCCUCCCAGAUAAUGAAUUAUGCCGAUAUCAGCUCCCGUGCCAACGCAAUAGAGAAGUGGGUGGCAGUGGCAGACAUUUGCCGAUGCCUGCACAACUACAAUGGCGUGCUGGAGAUCACCUCGGCCUUAAACCGAAGUGCCAUCUAUAGGCUGAAGAAAACCUGGGCCAAGGUGUCCAAGCAGACAAAAGCUCUAAUGGACAAACUUCAGAAGACUGUUUCAUCUGAAGGAAGAUUUAAAAAUCUCAGAGAAACCCUUAAAAACUGUAACCCCCCAGCUGUUCCUUAUCUGGGGAUGUACCUGACAGACCUAGCAUUUAUUGAAGAAGGAACACCAAACUUUACUGAGGAAGGCCUUGUCAAUUUCUCCAAAAUGAGAAUGAUAUCACACAUCAUCAGAGAGAUACGCCAGUUCCAGCAGACUUGCUAUCGAAUAGACCAUCAGUCAAAGGUGACUCAGUACCUGCUUGACAAAGCCCUCAUCAUAGAUGAAGAUACGCUGUAUGAACUGUCACUAAAAAUUGAACCUCGGCUCCCUGCUUGA